AUCCUUGUAUCGGACUCCAUCUAUUCCCGAUUCAUUUAUCCGAAAUGCCCAGUAGCCGAACAAAACAAAAGGAGAAGAAGACAUAUGACUCUGCGUACGUAUGUGCACGAAGGGCUAUAUAUGCAGUGGCUACGGCUGUUCGGUCUUUCUGAACCCAAGAUGCUCAUCCAAAUACUGUUGCUAUUUUUUGUGUUUACCAAUAGGCAUAGCGGGACUUCUACAGCAGUCGCACAGUCUGCUACGGGAACAACGUCUUCGGUACAAGUAUCCACCGUUACCAGUGAAUCAAGUCCGUCAAGUAUCGCGACUACGGCUAGCUUUCCUCCAGUCGGAUCUAUUCCUCACGAUUACACGCCGGAAGGGCUGGAACAGCUAUGGGACAUCGUCGGAGCUGUCGAACCACCUCCGUUCACCACUACCCGUGUUCCCGCGGCAGCAGUGACCUUACCACCAUCUCCCCCGCCUUUGUAUCCAUCAUUCUAUGCUCCAGCGCCGAAGGAUAUCUUGCCAGGCCUAAAAUUCCCCAGGGGCUUCAAAUACGGAAUCGCCACGGCUGCGUACCAAGUCGAGGGGGCCACGAAGAAUGAGGGAAAGGGGCCAAUAAUGUGGGAUUGGGCUAACAGACAACCAAACGCUAUACUCGACAACACAACUGGUGACGUUGUUGACCUUCACUACUUCCUGUACAAAGAAGACGUCGAACGUGUUGUCGCUCUUGGAGUCACUGCACAUUCUUUCUCCAUCUCAUGGGCGAGGAUUUACCCGUUUGGCGCUGCUGAUUCUCCCGUUAACACGGCUGGCAUUGAUCACUACUCUGAUGUUAUCGAUUACCAUUUGGUUCGUGGCGUGGAGCCUGUUGUAACACUCUUCCAUUUCGAUGUACCUCUCGCCCUUCAAGCUUACUACGGAGGUUUCACGUCGCCUAAAAUAGUCGACGACUUUGUAAACUAUGCCAAGACGGUAUUCAAGGCAUACAACGGUCGUGUUAAAACUUGGUAUACUUUCAAUGAACCGAGGACUUAUUGUGGUCAAGUCGCAUCCUAUCCUUUCAAUUUCCACGCUUGCCCCUGGUGUAAAUUCAUCCACUGCUCCUUAUCAAUGCGCAUGCAAUCUACUCAAGGCUCAUGCAGGAGCCGUCAAGGGUACGUCGAUAGACCACGAUGGAGUACUUCUCACGCAUAUCUCUCGUCCUCAGCAUUCCGCGAAAUGAACAUAACGGGAGAGAUAGCCUUCAAGAACAGCGAUUACAUAGGCACGCCAUGGAGAAGCAAUAUCACUGAGGAUGCACUUGCGGUCGAACGCCAUGCAGCAUUUGAAAUAGGUCUUUUCUCAACCCCCGUAUACACAACAGGUGAUUGGCCCGACAUUGUCAAGGACACUCUCCCCUGUCGAGUAUCUCCCCCGCUUCACCGAUGAGGAAAAGAGCGAUAUCCUCGGCUCCGCAGAUUUCUUUGCCAUUGACCCUUACUUCUCGCUAUGGAUGAAGGCUCCAGAAGGAGGAAUCGACGCGUGUGUGGCAAACUACUUCCCAUCCCUUGUGGCCUGUCUGCAAUGAACCUGCAUACUUCGACUCGGACUACGGCUGGGCUGCAGGUCCCGUUGCUGACCCAGUGGCCCUUCCCCUACAAGCAACACCAGUCGCCAUUC